GCUAUCAGAGCCUAUGGACAUACUUGAAUAGCUGUCAUGCUGCAACACAGAGAUAACAGGUUUAUGGAGGCUGAGAAUGGACUUCAAGAGUCCUCGAAAAAUUUCAACAGGGAACGGUCAAUCCCAAUCCCAGUCAAGGGUUCUGGUAAAGCGAGACCUCAUAGAAAUCCUUCAUCUGGAUUUUUUGAUAGUUCAGAUGAUUCAAUAUCUGAUUCAAACAAUGAAAGUCCACCGAUAGGAGAUGGAUUUCCUGUGUUAUCAUCGUCUUACCAUGGCGGAUUCAAUAACACAGGAAGCUCAAGCAAUCUGCCUUUGAACGUUUACGGCACAUCACCUCGUACCUUAGUCAUGUUCAACUAUUACAGUUCUCCGAGAGGGAGCUACAACCGUCCGCAUCACCCAAAUUUAAUAAGAACCCGAAGCACGGAUGCACCGAACCAUCAUUCAACUGCCCCGCCACCUCAUUCACAGAGCGAAAAUGUUAAUUUUCGUCACAGCGCUGAAUUUUCAAACGGAGAAAAGGAAAAAAAUCGUAAAAGUGAAACUACUACUUUGCUCCCUCAAUCUAAUAAUAAAGGAAAGCCUUCAGGACUCUCUCGAUUUCAACAGUUGGAUUUGCGGCCAAGAGCAUGGUCUGAAUCUGAUAAACAUGCAAACAAUACCUCAUUACAAAAUAGUAGAAUGUCAGCCUUAAGAAAAUUAAAAAUGAAACUGGGUCAGAAGGGGUCAUUGAAGCGGCAAAAAUCACAUGAAGACGAUGACAGAAAUACAUCUGCUGCAAGUAUUACUUCAUUAGAAAAAGUAGAGGAAGGAAGACAACUAAACUGUGCAACACCGAAGAUAUCGCAAGGUUUUAGAGUAUGCAGUCCUGAGAUAUUGUCUAACAACAACGCCGCAUCACUGCAUCAAGAACAUGAAACUAGACGUCGAGCAGAGCGCCGAGUAGGUGUUGUAAAAUACUCGUCACCUUCUCACUCUCUUCCUCAAGUAAAUGAAAACCCAGAAGAUUAUUUGAUUUAUCAAAGAUUUUUAGAAGAACACACAUGUUAUGACUUGAUGCCUACAAGUUCAAAGUUGGUCGUACUCGACACUCGUUUAGAAGUGAAGAAAGCUUUCCACGCACUUAUCGAGAAUUCUCUUCGUUGCGCUCCACUCUGGGACAACGAUCUACAUGAUUAUGUUGGCUUGUUAACUGUUUCAGAUUUCGUCAGUAUUCUCCUUGCUUAUGACAAGUGUCCAAACAAAAAGUUGGAAGAUUUAGAAAACCAAAAGAUUUCUUGUUGGAGAAAAGUGCUCAAUUCUAAACAAACAUUGAUCCAUGUACCUCCUCAAUCCUCUCUCUUUCACUCACUCAAACGUCUCACUGAAGAGAACAUACGGAGGUUAGCUAUUGUACAUCCAGAUAAUGGAGAUGUUUUCCAUGUUAUUAACCAUCGACGUAUUCUUCAUUUCCUUCAUUUAUUUAUGAACGAACUGCCAAAACCAAAGUACAUGAGCAAGACGGUGGAAGAACUUAGUCUUGGUACUCGAAAAGACGUUGCUACGAUUGAUGAAAACAGUCCAGUUAUUGAUGCGUUGAAAUUACUCGAUCAACAUAAAAUUUCUGCCCUACCAGUUGUUGAUGCCAAAGGUCGUGUGACGGAUAUGUUUACAAAAACUGAUGUAUUGGUGCUAGCAGGCGAACAACUUUUUUACGAUCUUUCCAUCAAAGUUAAAACUGUAAUCUCGUUUCAUGCUGCUGUCGAACCCGAUGAAUCGGAACCUACUGUCGUCAGGACAAUGCCUGGAUCUCCUGCUUUGGUCAGAAGGAGAAAUCAACCGAGACAAAAUCAUCCACACAAUAGCAGUACACCAGUCAAUUCAAAUCACCCGUUUCUUUACAACUCUAACAACACUCCGAGAAUGAUGCCUUCGCCACUAGUGGGAUCAUCACUUCAAACGAAUCGCACAUCGUCAGGACAUUCUGAAAACCGAAAAUCGAGAGAAAUAAAACACCAUCAACAACCUAUUAUUAAGACACCAGGACAAAAUGCAAAAGAACAAAGCUUUGGUAAAGGAGAACCAGUCGUUUUAUCACCACCUAAUACGCAAGUAUUUUUGCAUCGAAGACGACAUCUAUCAAGCAAUUUAUCAAAAUCAACUUCAAUAAGCAGUCAUCUGGUCACAGUUUCAAGAGACGACACUUUGGAGUUUGUUGUGAACAAUGUCGUGACAUCGGAUGUUUUACAAGCUGUGAUUGUUGAUGACUCAGAUCAUGUCAUCGGCGUUAUAUCUGUCGGUGAUAUUUUAAGAUUCAUGGUUUAUCCUACUAAAGAUGGCCAAAUCGACAACAAAUACAGAGGCAGGUCUAUAUCAAGUGACGGAACGUCAUCCUCGACAUCGUCAAACCAAAAUUUACUCGAGGUAACUACUCAACGAGCGAGAGCUAUCUCAGAUGACAGUGACCUAGCGAGUGCCAACUUGAGAAAAGAUACUCACAGUUCCGACAGUGGAUAUUCUGAUUUAUCGACAUUGAGUAUUACGGAACCUUCGUACGCGAAUGCUAAUGGACGUGCGAUCACUACCGAUAAUACUACAAACAACGAUAAACCAAAAAAUAUAACAUCUACAACAGAAAAAGUCCGACAUGCUUCUGGGGGAAACACUCAACCGACGACUGUGAAAAAACUUAGCGCUGGCGAACAAAUAGAACGUCUUUAGUCUGGAAAUCAAAAUUGAGAAUUGUCAAUGAUAAUGUGCAUUCCCCAUGUUCCAUCCGCACUUUAUGGGCAUUAGCACCUAGAUUGGUUGUUAUCUAUGAAAGGGAUUGCUUCAAAAUGUAAUUUUCUGGUCAUUUGAACAGUGGAGUCUGUGCGGACUGUAUAAAUCAUGCUAUAUUGCUAAUUCAAUUUUUUUUUAAAAAAAUAUUUGUUUUGUUCGAAAUCAAAAUUUUUUGAAAGAAUAUUUUAAUCAGUAGUUCACAAAAACUCUGCUCCUUCGAUAGCAUGAAUAAAUUGUCCUAAAGUCCUGAAAGAAUAUCAAUUAAAGAGACAUAUUUCAAAUUCUUUUGUAUUCUCACAUUUACCACAGUAUUCCAUUGGCAUGGCCUAUGAACAGAAUUAUCAGUGAUUUGAUAGCGUGCUUGUUUCAAUUACUUGAUGCCAACAAGCACACUACUCUCCAAUCAAUGUUCCUUACUUUCUAAGACUAAGAACUUUGUUCACAUUGUUUUAGGUUUUAAUUUUUUUUCAUUGUCAUCGAGGCCUUUCAAAGUGUGGUUUAAGUAAAACACUUUCAUUCAUAGUAUUUACAUAUACUAUAUAAGGAAUGCACCAUACCGUCUUUUCAUAAUGUGGCAUGUAAAAUCAUUCUGGUCGCUUAAGUUUCAUGUGAGGUUAAUUAUUUUUUAAAUGAUUUAAAUGGAUGACACCUGAAUCUCUGUCGUUGUGCAGUCAUACUUUUCAUAGGCAUCAGAAUUGUUGGCUCCUAUAGCAAUUAGCGUUUUCCUAAUCUGCUAAUGGUUAAUAAAAUUUUUCAAUUUUUCAGCUGUAUUGUAUUUAAGCUUAUUAUCAAGUGAUUUUACUUGGAUUGAAGAUGAUGUACUUUGCUUGUUUUUCUUCAUUGAAGCCUAUAGUUGUUAUACGGUAGUUUCACCUCAUAAAUUCAUUUGGACACCUAUUAUAAAAUUUGAAAUUCGUAACUAAGUUAAUCGCUUCGCACAGUCUUCGUCUAAUAUCGAUUUAAUAUUCAAAUAAUUUUUGAAUUAAUUACUUUCAUUAUUUCAACUUCUUGAUUCAGGAAUAAUUUAGAAUAGUUUCAUUUUUGAGCGAUCCAAGUCUCACGCAGAGGCCUGAAAUGGUCCCUUUUUAUUUCUGAUGUCUAACAUUUUUCCAAAUUUCAACUCAUUGACUAUACACUACCAGUUUAGAACAUAUUCGGUAUUCAUAUUUGAAGACAUUAUUUCAGAAUGUAUGUUAAAUAGUUGAAUAUUUAGUUUUGGCGUCCCUGAUCUCACUCUCGCUACCCAAACAUCACUUGUUAAAAUAUUGAUGCUAGAUCUGUGAUUUUUAUUACGAAGAGGAAUAAUGUGGGCCAAAAUUACAGAAUUCAAGUUUGUGUUAGAUUUUACCACAUAAGUCGUUAUCUGAUCCAUGCAUCAGUAACGAAUAACUGGUUAACUAUUCCCAUACCAGGCGUGGAUUGGUAACCAGACGAGAGUCUGUUGUCCGUCAUAUGAUUGAGCUGUCUUAUCAGCUUUCCUCUCCCCCUGGAACAAAUAUGAAAAUCUAUCCUAUUCAUGCAUGAUAAUACUGAUAACGAAUCACUUUGAAACCGAACACAUGACUUCAUUAAUGUUAUCGUGCCUUGUAAAUUUUUUUUGAGAACUUUUUUUUCGUAAUUGUAUCUCUGUCAGAAGGUGUGAAAAUUAUCACUUGGUGCUAUUUCUUUCUUAUUAUUUUAUCAAGCCUUAUUUUCUGAGAAUAAGGAGUGACUGCAAUGAAUUAUUCGUACAAUUGAAAUACUUUUAAUAUCAGCUCUAGUCAUUUACAAACUGUUAAACGCGUAGGUCCUAUCUAAAAAUGACGAAGGAGACAGAUUUUUUAUAUAUCUUACCAAUGUAAUUGAAGACAAACAAUAAAAAUGAUCCUAAUUAUAAUAACUGCUGGUGACUUAUUCAUUUGCUUUUCACCAAUGUUGGAUGCUAUGUAUUAUUAUUUCCAAAUAAUUUAUAAGUGACACAUAGAUUUUUAUGAAUUAAAUUAUAACGAAGAAUAUUUUAAAUGUGAUUCUGAGACAUUCGACGCCCAGAAAUUAAAGAAUUAUUUUUUUGCUCCUACAAGAAAUAUUAUGAAUGAAAAGUACUUUUGGUAUAUCGGCUGGCCCAGUCAGAAUCUCUAAUAUGUUGUGUGACGCACCAACACCCUCCUUUUUGUAGAACGUUAGUUUCUCUCCUGGGUAAAUUGUAAAAUAUAAAAUUCAAACUGACGAUAUAUUACAGACAAAAAUGUGUGGUAUAUGACUGGCAUAGUAAAGGCAACUAUUUUUUUUCAUAUGUUAUACAGUUGUGACUUUUCAAUAUUGCAUCUGCGUUAUUUAAUUUUUCAUGUAUGAUAGAUCUGCUUUUUGCAUUGUCGCUUUUACUUUACACCUUCUAUUUGCUUUGCCUUCUAGGAUUUCACUUAUCCAGAAAUUUAAACGUGUCGUUAUGUUGAAUUCACUUCUUUUUAUGAUUAUUAUUUUGGGUUGGUUGAUCGUUCCAGGGCAUAUUGCUUGGUUGUAAGAAUGCUUUCAAAUGGAACAAAAACUUGCUGUUCAACUUCAUAUUUCGAUUCAAACAUCAAUAGCCAUAGGGUAGAAAACAAUUCAAUUUCUUCCAAGAACUGAUUUUGUGCCCAUAAAAUUAUUUUCUAGCAAAGAAUAAACAACACAGCGCCAGGUGCAUGUGAAAGGAGCUUCGAAGGGCUUCAAAUAAUAUUUUUCUAUUACCUGAUAGAUAGUGCUAAAUUCGGAUCCCAUCUAGCUUUCUUACCUGAUCCAGAAAUGAUCCAGCUUUCAAUCAAAAAUGUGUACAGUAACUGUUUCAAGGGUUGUCCUAACCAACAAUAUCCCGGAUAUUUUUAUUUUGACAAUAUUCUUAUGCAUUCUCACUAUAUAAUAAUAAUAGUUGUCGUUAAGUGCGGUAGUGUAGCAAAAAAUGAAUAAAACCAACUUUACCCUGAA